AUGAAAAAUUAUACAGCAAUAACAACAUUCAUCCUGGUGGGACUAACAGAUGACCCAAAUCUACAGAUUCUGCUUUUUAUCUUUUUGUUUCUAACCUACUUGUUGAGUGUUGUUGGGAAUCUGACUAUUAUUACUCUCACCUUGGUGGAUUCUCACCUUAAAACACCCAUGUACUUUUUCCUCCGGAAUUUCUCCAUCUUGGAAGUCUCAUUUACAACUGUCUGCAUUCCCAGAUUCCUCUACACAAUGGCAUCUGGAGACAAUACUGUUACCUAUAAUGCAUGUGCCACUCAAUUAUUUUUUGUUAUUGUCCUGGGUGUGACUGAGUUUUUUCUCCUGACAGCCAUGUCCUAUGACCGUUAUGUAGCCAUCUGCAAGCCCCUGCAUUACAUGACCAUCAUGAACAACAGAGUCUGCAUCAAGUUCCUUAUUGGCUGCUACAUAAUUGCUCUAAUCAUCGUCAUCCCACCAUUUGGCAUGGGCUUUGAGCUCGAGUUUUGUGACUCCAAUGUCAUAGAUCACUUUGGCUGUGAUGCUGCCCCCAUCCUGAAAAUUACCUGCUCUGACACAGAGUUUAUAGAGCGUUUUGUCCUAAUCUUGGCUGUGUUGACACUCCUGUUCACGUUAGUGUGUGUGAUUUUGUCCUACACGUACAUCAUCAGGACCAUUCUCAGAUUCCCUUCUGCCCAGCAAAGGAAAAAGGCUUUUUCCACUUGUUCUUCCCAUAUAAUUGUGGUUUCUAUCACAUAUGGAAGCUGCAUCUUCAUCUAUAUUAAACCAUCUGCAAAAGAAGGGGUCGCUAUUAACAAGGUGGUGUCAGUGCUCACCACCUCAGUUGCCCCAGUCAUGAAUCCCUUCAUUUACACUCUGAGGAACAAGCAAGUGAUACAAGCUUUCAAAGACAUGAUCAAAAGAGUCGCAUCUAUCUCAAAGAACUAA